UUAAUCCUCUGCCUUCUCUCAAUAAAAUCCGAGUCUGUUUUUCAUUUACAUACAUUUUGAUGGCAGAGGAAGAGGUCGUCGCCGCUUCACCCGGUCUCGUCCCCUCCGAUCAUAAGCGGAAGCUUGAAGAUAUCGAGCCCCAAGCCCCUCCUGUGGAGAUGCCUCUCAACUCUGCUGGAGACCCUGAUGCAACGGCAUCUGAUUCGUCAUUUGAUUCGUCCGAAGCUAAGCGACCUAGGCUCGUCGACGAGAAAACCGACGGCUUGGCUAGUGAGAAUGGGUUCAAAGCUGAGCAGUCAGAUGAACCUGUGAAGGAGGAAGAGGAGGCUUUCCUGCAAAAUGAGGUUACCAAACAAGCAGAGGAUGGUACUGCUCAAGCAGAGGAGGCUCAAGAAGCAGCAAAACCUCAACAAGUUGAAGGAACAACAAAGGAAACUGAGCAACAAUCUACUGAUAAUCAUGCGACUACUGAUGCUGAGUUAGGUAAAGAUGAGAAAUUUGAGGCAGAUGGUGGUCAGGAACCGGGUAAAGUUGAGAAUUUUGGGGCUGAUGGUAGCCAGGAACCGCCUACUAAAGAGGAGAGUAAGCAACCUUCUAAUGAGGUGCCUCAGCAGGAAGUUGAUGAUGGUUCAACUAUUACUCGCAGAAUUGAGGUUCCUAAUGCUAAGAUUGGUGUUCUCAUAGGAAAGGCAGGGGAUACUAUAAGGUACCUACAAUACAACUCGGGGGCAAAAAUUCAAAUUACUAGGGAUGCGGAUGCUGAUCGAGAUGCCCCAAUAAGGCCUGUGGAAAUAAUAGGGACUUUGAAUAGCAUAAUCAAGGCUGAGAAGCUUAUAAAUGCUGUCAUAGCAGAGGCUGACGCUGGGGGUUCCCCUUCCCUUGUAGCUAGGGGCCUUGCUACCACACAGGCUGCUGGGGAUGCUGAUCAUAUUGAGAUGCAAGUUCCAAAUGAGAAGGUUGGUUUAAUCAUUGGUAGAGGUGGGGAGACUAUCAGAGGAAUGCAGACUAGGUCAGGGGCUCGCAUUCAGUUGAUACCUCAACAUCUCCCAGAAGGGGAUGAAUCAAAAGAAAGGAUAGUGAGAGUGACAGGUGAUAAGAGGCAAAUUGAGAUUGCCAGAGAAAUGAUAAAAGACGUCAUGAGUCAGAAUGCCAGGCUAUCACCUCUUUCUGGUGGUUUCAAUCAGCAGGGCAAUCGACCUCGGGGAAACACUGGACCACCUCAAUGGGGUUCCUUUGGCCAUACUGUCCCUACAGCAUCAUAUGAUUUUCAGAGAAGGAGACCAUAUCCAUCUCAAAACUCACAUUAUCAACCUCCUUAUGGUGGCUACCCUUCUCAUCAAAUGGCUCCAAGAAGCAAUUUUGGUUCUAGCUGGGAGCAGAGGCCUCGUAACUUUCAGGGACCUCCACAUAGUGGAGGGUAUAAUUACUACAGCAGGCAUGGAAGUGUCUCUGUCCUGCAUUUGGCUUCAAUUCGUGGGCAUGGACCUAGGCCAACACCUGCUCCAGCUAUGGGGGCAGUGUCAUCUCAGUCAAGUUAUAAUUAUGGACAGCCUCAUGGUCGAGCAGAUUAUGCACAUCCACCACCCUAUUCCCAUGCUUUUCCCCAGCAUAGCUAUGGAAAUGGAUAUGGAGAGAAGUAUGAAAAUCAUACCCCGGUUCUGCACCCUUACGGAGGAGGGCAUGGAUCUUCUCAGCCAGGAUAUGCACCACCAGGUCCUCAAUCUGCGUAUGCCCCUCAGCAGCAGUAUGGCAAGCCAUAUUCUUAUGUGCAGUCACAAGGACCCCAAACAUAUGGUCCUCCAGCCAAUCAACCUGGAGAAGUUCCAUAUCAAGGUCCAACUGGCCAAUCUUACAGUCCAAAUGUGCCUCCUCAGCAGCAAUACCCAUAUGCAAGUGGGCCCUUGCAACAAAGCUAUCCUCCAUGUGGCUCUGCACCACCCGGUGAUGGGUAUAAUCAGCCUCCACCAGUGACUGGCCAGGCUUAUUCGCAACAAGGUGGGCAGUCUGUUCCUGGUUACAGUCAGCCUUCUGCUCAGCAAGCUACUGCUUAUGCACAAGCGAAUACUGCUGCUGGGUAUGGUCAAUAUCCACCCUCACAGCAGGGUUAUUCUGAUCAGGCAGCUCCAAAUAAUGCAGCUUAUGGUUCUCAAGGGACACAAGAUUCUGGCUAUGGCAGUGGCCCUGUGACAACAUACGGUGCAGCACCUAGUGGGCAAGUUACUUAUGCUCAACCGACAGCAACUCAGGCAACCUAUGAUCAGUCUGGUGGAUAUGCAGCAGCGCCAGGUAGUGCACCUGUAGCAUAUGGAAACACAGUAUCCCCGCAGCUUGGAUACCCUCAGUAUGAUUCAACCCAGAUGUAUGCCGCACCACAGUGAAGUUCUUCCUCGCUCUAGUUGUGCCAGUGAUAGUGUAGCCAUAUUAAUCUAGCUACUGAUCUUUAUUUUGUUUUUUGGGUCUUUUACUUGUCAGUUUCUUACUAUUGGUGGUACUAGCCUCUCUUUAGUUGCCUUAUCAUUCCUUCCAAUAAUAUUGCUUGGGUAAAUGAACUUUGAUUUUCUGUAAUUAUAUGCAUUAAAUUUUAAUUUUAAAUUAACUUCUACAAAUCAUUAAUACCAUUAAAAUCAUUAUCGCUGUGA